UUCACAAUAAUGUAUACAAAAUAUUUGUCUGCCUUCUGCCGAAACCAAUAUCAUCAUAAGCAGCAAUUGUUUACAAUUAAACGUUAUAAAAACUUAUGGAAUUAUUCAAUUAAAAGUAAAAUGCCUAUUAAAGCAGCUUUAAUCGAUUUAAGUGGUACUCUACAUGUAGAAGACCAACCAACACCAGAUGCUGUUAAUGCCCUUCAAAGAUUGCGUGAUUCGGGUGUGAUGAUUAAAUUUGUCACCAACACCACUAAAGAAUCGCGACAAACUUUAUUAAAACGUUUACAAACUAUUGGUUUCCAAGUGGAUAAAGAUGAAAUACACAGUUCCUUAAGUGCGGCGGUAGAAUAUAUCAAAAGAGAAAACCUAAAUCCCUUUUAUUUGGUAAGCAAAGAUGCACGUUCGGAUUUUCCAGCAAAUGAUGAAGGAAAACCUUACGAUUCAGUGGCUAUAGGUUUGGCACCCGAUGAAUUUUUUUAUGAAAAUCUUAAUAAAGCUUUUAAUAUAUUAUUGGCCAACAAGGAACAUAAGUUAAUUGCCAUACACGAAGGUAAAUACUAUAAACGUAAAGAUGGUUUGGCUUUAGGUCCUGGCUGUUUUGUCAAAGGUCUAGAAUAUGCUACCGGUACUAAAUCCAUUUUAAUUGGUAAACCAAAUGAGUAUUUCUUUAAAAGUGCCUUGUCCGAUGAUAUAAAUGUGGAAGAAUGCGUUAUGAUUGGUGAUGAUACUAAAGAUGAUAUUGUUGGUGCUAUGAAGGUGGGCCUUAAAGGAUUACAGGUUAAAACUGGUAAAUAUUUGCCCGAUGUAGUGGCUGAACCACCACCCACUGCCUUGGUAGAGAAUUUUUCAGAAGCUGUUGAUUGGAUUUUGAAAAAUAAAUAAGUUUGUUAAAAAAAUUUAAUAAAUAGAUAUACUAUCCCUCUAGUCGCAGAAUUGUAUAUCGAUUGAAAGUGGAAUUAUGUAUGUAUUUCUGUUUUUUGCUACUUUAGGAAAAGUAAAACGAAAGCUUAACAUAAUUAUGAGCCAAAAAGCCUUAUUUGGAGGUACAAUUGUAUGGUGGGCUAGAUGAAAUAUUGGAUCGAUUUCAACCAUUUCUAAUAGGCGUUCUUGGGACAAGAGAUGUGCCAAAUUUUAUCAAAUUAUCUUAUUAUCUUACAUGGACAUAGAGACGGACAGACGACAGAAAGUGAUUAUUUAAGGUGGGUCUAGGACCAAUAUUUUAGGCUUUUAAAACCUUAGGACACACCUAAAACCUCCCCACUGAAGUGGUGUAGGGUAUAAUUAUAAUUUAACUAACUAAAACAUACUACAUUUUAAUUUAUUUAUAUUUUUAUUUAAGAUAUCAAUGAAG